UGUGUUUUAAAGCAUAGGGGCAGCGCUGUGCGCCAAUUAUUACUAGAGAUUAAGCCCAAAAAAAAGCAGCAAUGUUAACGUUUUUUGAAUAUUAAUAACGUGCUGGUCUAAUUGCAGCCAGACACAUAACCCACUUUAGUAAAAGUGGCGUCCAGCAGGAGAGUCGCACGGUCGGUCGCCAGCGUGAAGGAGGAUUUAAAUAGAUAAUCAAAAUGAAUAAAUGCUGCAUACAGACACAACAGGCCACGAUCAAAAAGUCGUCCAAUAUUGUUGACAUAUACAGCAGCGGCAACAGCACCACCAAUUGCAACGGCAGCAGCAACGGGAGCAGCAGGAGCAUGUCCAACGAUGAUGACUAUCCCGUGUCCAUCACAGAUGCGACACGAGCCCAGAUUGAGAGGCGCGUCCGUACUGCCUAUGACUUUUUUGACCAGACCCUGCGGCUCUACGAUGUCACACAGUUGAUAUUCUGCUUUAAUGGCGGCAAGGAUUGCACCGUGCUGCUGGAUCUGCUGAUGCGCUAUUGCCGGGAGCAUGGCAUCGCCAGCCGUGAAAUACCGAUGCUCUAUAUUGAGUCGGAUGAUUCGUUUGCCGAAAUUGAUGAUUUUGUUGUGCACUGUGUGCGGCGCUACGAUGUUAAUCUAAUUAAAUAUAAGGACUCGCUGAAGGUGGCGCUCACCCACAUGACGGAGGAUAUGCCGCGCAUAAAGGCCGUCUUUGUCGGUAGUCGCAAUACGGAUCCCUACUGUCAGCAUCUUCAGCCCAUGCAGAAAACGGACAGCGACUGGCCGGAUAUAAUGCGUUUGAAUCCUUUGCUGGAGUGGAGCUAUCAUGAUAUCUGGCAUUAUAUUCACAUGCAUAAGGUGCCCUAUUGUCAACUAUAUGCGCAGGGCUACACAUCCAUUGGCUACAGGUCCAACACCUUGCCUAAUCCGCAUUUGCAGCACAACAGCUGCUCCGCGGCGAAUCCUGCUGCUGCCGUUGCCUGCUUCAAGCCCGCCUGGGAGUUAGCCGAUCCCACAACGGAGCGUGCCGGUCGCCUUAAUCGCAAAUAGCCGACACUUUUCCGCCUCUUAAAACUAGUUGAAUCCGCUAAUAGUGCAAUUGUAUUGUAAAUAUCUUCAUCUAUUUUUUUUAUCUCAAAGAAAUUUGUACAUAUGUUUCUAUACAAUCAGGUCGUUAUGUACUUAACAUACAAGUGUGUAUUUAAGCACACAAUAUAGUACUUAUCUAUAUACAUAUAUAUAUACAUAUAUACAUAUAUAAAUAUGUAUAUCCAUGCAAUUAUCUGCACUUAUGCAUAUUGUCUAGCUUUGCAUUGGCAUUCAUUUCACGGCACACCCAUUUUCGAGUUAACUGCACGAUUUUGCAGCUGUUGGCAAUUUUCUGCUAAAAUUUUGAAACCGCAAACAUAUUAAACGGCUUAACUCGUGUGUCAAAUUUGCCAAUGUACAGUGAAGCCUGCACAAGUUGAACACACCACAUACGCAGCUAGCUGUCGUAACAUUCGGGUAACAGUUUUCAAUCAUGUAAACUUUAAUGUUAGCUGUAAUUAAAACUUACCUUCGGCGCAACAGUAUCUAAUGUCCAAGUUAACAUAAACAGAACGACAAUUAUAACAUGCAUGACAAAUGUUUACAAGUAGCUUUAUGCCGAGUGCCCUUAGCGUUUGAAUAGCCCAUUUAAAUGAAAUACAAAUUAAAUUCGGUGGGCAGUUAACAUUUUUAUAUAUAUACAUAAUUAUCAAUCAUAGUGCAACGAAUAUUGCUUGAAAACAGCUUUAAAACGGAUUUAAGUGCUAGACAUAUAAGAUAGUUGACACAGUUUGUGAUUUGUAAUGGCAUUAUAAUAAAAUUUACAUAAAAAACGAAA